CUAGUUGUGGCCUUCCUGGUGGCGUAUCAUCAAAACAAGCAGCUAAUAGGAGAGAAGGGGCUGCUCCCUUGUAAACUGUACCUGCAGAACGUCAAAAAGUAUUUCAAAGGGAAGAUAAACCUGGAUGCUCUGAGCUAUGCGCCAACAAUCAUCUGGUUUCUGGACUGGUCAGACAUGGACAGCAUCUUGGACUACCUCUCCCUGUUUGGCCUGGCAACUUCAGCCUUUGUAUUGGUAACUGGAUGUGCAAACAUGGUCCUCAUGGCUGUCCUGUGGGUUCUUUACCUCUCGUUAGUCAAUGUUGGACAGAUCUGGUAUUCCUUUGGAUGGGAAUCGCAGCUCCUGGAAACAGGGUUCCUGGGGAUAUUCCUCUGCCCUCUCUGGACCCUCUCCCGCCUGCCCCAGCACACGCCUCCUUCCAGCAUCGUCAUCUGGGGAUUUCGGUGGCUGAUUUUCAGGAUCAUGCUUGGAGCGGGGCUGAUUAAAAUUCGAGGCGAUCGCUGCUGGAGAGAGUUAACUUGCAUGGAUUAUCACUACGAGAAAAAUUUUCUCUAA